GAUGGCUGUCGACGUGAAUACAAAUUGUCCACUGGGCAAUACAAAUCAGGUAAACCAGAAACAACUCUUCUUCUUCCAGUAAUCCCAUCACACAAUGGCCCAGUCAGCAUCAGCAGCAGAGAGGCAGAGAAGAGAGGCUCACCAGCAGCGCGCUUAUGAAAUCCAGUUUGCUGGUGGUGUUGAGGGCGCCAUCAAGUGGACGAUAGGUGGAGCUCUUGCUUGUGUCGUUGGUCACUAUACAUGGCCCGUGUUCGCGAGACAAACGUUGGGUCUGAAAGCAUUCAUCACAAGUUCAGCCACCAUGUGCGGCCUUGUCAUCGGAGCCGACGAUCACCUACUCCGAUUCGAACACGGCAUGCGUGCCGAAGAAAACGAACUCCGACGCCAAGCGCGUAACGCCCUCGCCCUCGAAGGCAAGAUUGCCAGCGAAACCGAGAUUCGAAAGUGGAGAGAACGACGUGAAAAGCAGAUGGUAUUGGAUAAGGAGAAGGAGGCUGCUGUUGUUGGUAUGUCGAGUGUUCAAGAGACACCGAUUGCGCCUGCUGCUGCUGGAUCAGGGGCGACGGGGAAGGUUGUAGAGGAACUGAAGGGGUCGGCGGUGCCUCCUCCGGCUCAGCCUGCCCCUCUGACCUCAUUAUCUAGCGAGGGAGAGAAGGCUUGAUGACUAACUCGAUAGAAUCAUUGCAUUAGUCGCGAGUGCUUCGACCGUGACUCAUGCACAUCUACCUUGGAACGUUCGAAUUCGAUGAGCGGGGUUGUGGAUACGUCAAACAGGG